CUAGCAGUAGCAGAUCUGUAUAUAUAGGUGAAAAAUCCUAUAUGCGUGAUCACCGUUCUCUUGCGUCCGACUGAAAAACAUGGCUGCCGAUCUCAGGCUCGCCGCUCUGUGCCUCCUCUUCUUCUUCUCAUCCCUCCCUUUGCUCACCGUCGCCGACUGCGACUGCGAGGCCGGAGAGGAGGAGCAAGACAAGGCGGGCGCGCUAAAGCUCAAGAUCAUCGCCGUCUUCUGCAUCCUGGUGGCCAGCGCCGCCGGCAGCGCCAUCCCGUCGCUCGGCCGCAAGUUCCCGGCGCUCAGCCCGGACACAGACCUCUUCUUCGCCGUCAAGGCCUUCGCCGCGGGGGUCAUCCUCGCCACCUCAUUCGUGCACAUCCUCCCGGAGGCCUUCGACAGGCUCGGCUCGCCGUGCCUCGUCGGAGGACCGUGGAAGAAAUUCCCGUUCGCCGGCUUCGUCGCCAUGCUCGCGGCAAUCGCCACUCUCGUCGUCGACACCAUUGCCACGGGGUACUUCCAGCGCGCCGCGAACGCCAAGAAGGCCUCGGCGGCCGUUGGAGUCGGCGACGACUUAGAGGCCACCACGCCGGAUGAUCAUCACGCGCACGGGAACGGCGGUCACUCCCACGGCCACGGCGUAUCGGCCAUCAUCGCUUCGUCCGCCGCAGGAACAUCUGACGACGGGAGCGCGCAGCUCAUCCGGCACCGCGUCAUCUCGCAGGUGCUGGAGCUGGGGAUCAUCGUGCACUCGGUGAUCAUCGGCAUGUCGCUAGGCGCAUCCGAGAGCGCCAGUACGAUCAGACCGCUCGUGAUCGCGCUAACCUUCCAUCAGUUCUUCGAGGGGAUAGGGCUUGGAGGAUGCAUUGUUCAGGCGAAGCUCCGCCUCAGGUCUGUCUUGAUGAUGUCGCUCUUCUUCUCGCUCACCACGCCGGUUGGCGUGGUGAUCGGCAUCGGGAUAUCGUCUGGUUACAACGAAAAUAGCCCCAGGGCCUUGGUCGUCGAAGGGCUCCUCAGUGCGGCGGCCGCGGGAAUCCUGAACUACAUGGCCCUCGUUGACCUUCUAGCCGAAGAUUUCAUGAACCCUAGGGUGCAGAACAACGGGAGGUUGCAGGUCAUGGUGAACAUCUCAUUGCUGGCUGGGAUCGCUCUCAUGUCCAUGCUUGCUAUAUGGGCAUGAGAUCGAAAAUCGUCCUCCAAGGAGGACAAAAAACGUUUUUGAUGCACAUGCGGCCAUGUUUAUUUCUUGUUAGCAUGCCGUGUUAUAAAUGCGACAAGCAAAAAGGAAAUCGCAGCAGGCAUGAUGCUAGUAGACAUAAAUAUUUUCAGAAUUUUAGGAGGCCUAGACAUCUUGUGAUUUUUUUAUUUUUUUGGAAAACGAGCUCUCCGAUGCAACAAA